CCAAAGCAGUUUUAGUUCUACGAAAGUGCUUCUUCAUUUCAGCAUUUCAAGAUUUUCGGCGCCAAUUAUCUACUGAUCGAUUGCUAUGGCCGACUUUUACAAUCCAAUGAGCGAUUGGAAGGAUGUAAAAGAGUGCAUGGAUGAAAAUGGUGUGUCGGGUUUAGCAGAACUCUUCAAAGAGCGCUUGGAGAGAUGGAAGAAAACGGAAGUGAACAUCGGAAUCACUGGUAACUCCGGAGCAGGCAAAUCGAGUUUUAUCAACGCGAUUAGGGACCUUAAUGACGAUGCUGAUGGUGCUGCCCCUGUUGACGUCACUGAGUGCACUAUAGAGCCCACAUCCUUUAAUCAUCCAAAGUAUCCAAACAUAAAGUUUUGGGACUUACCAGGAAUUGGAACUCCGAAUUACCCUGACCUGGAAACAUACCGCCAAAAAGUACAGCUCGACAAGUAUCAGACAUUCCUCAUUUUUUCAAGCAGCCGAUUUACCGAGAACGACAUCAUAUUGGUCAAAGAGAUCAAGAAACAGGGAAAGUCAUUUUUUUUCAUUCGCACAAAAAUUGAUGAAAAUGUGCGAGCCGAGAAGCGAAAGGAAUCUUUCAGUGAAGCUGCUGUGUUAGAGAAAAUCCGGCGCGAUUGUAUGGAAAACCUGGUUGACGAGGCUGGCAAACCUAUGUGCAGUGAGGAUGACAUCUUCCUGACAAGCAACCAUCAUCCAGACAAGUGGGAUUUUGGUGGACUUGCCCUAGCGAUUCGUGAUGUAUUGCCAAGAUAUCAGCGAGAGACCCUCACCUUGUCUCUAAAUGCCCUAACCAGCUUGUCAAAAGAUAUUCUGAAGAGAAAAGUCGAGGUUCUCGAAGGGCGGAUGAUGUAUGUUGCAGGGGCAUCUGCUCUAGCAGCGGCGACUCCGGUCCCUGGGCUAUCUUUUGCCGUAAAUGCCGGUCUCCUUUUGAAAGAAGUUAGAGAGUACAUAACGCAGCUUGGCAUUCCUGAAAAAGGGUCCCAAAGAUUUGGGAGGCUAAGUUCUGCCACCCAGCAGGAGAUUCUCGACCUUUUAAUAAAGUUUGGCACUGUCCCUGGAAUUGCCUCUUUUCUUGCCAGUGAAGCCGCCACUGAAGAUACCGGUGUCCUGGGAGUAAUCGCUCGGUUUAUUUCGUUCUUUAGUUUAACGCCCGAUGACUCUUUGAGUUUUCCAUGUAUAUAUUUUCUUCUUUGCCGUUCUUUAAAAAGAAUUGAAGCAGUAGCAUUAGCAGUCCUGGAGGAAGCUGCCCAACAAUCAAUUGACGAUUUAGAUCUUGAUUAGACUUAUAAAAGUCCAAGUUUAUUAGACUAGGAGCCAUUAUGAACCUUGGUUUUAUUUGAUUCAUAGCUGUCAGUGCACCAAGCUUAAUUCAGUUGUA